AUGUGUACCUUUAGCGGCUAUAACCCGGAUACUGAGAUCCCCGAUCUCGCGGGGAAGGUCUUCCUCAUCACCGGAGGCACAAAUGGCAUCGGAAAGACUGCCGUUCAGGAGCUCGCCAAGCACAACCCCGCACACAUUUACUUUACCGGGCGCAACCAGCAGGCCGCCGACGCGCUGCUCGCUUCCCUGCCCGCGGGUGCGGCCGCCACCUUCAUGCCUUGCGACAUGGCCUCGCUCGCCAGCAUACGGCAGGCCGCCGCGUCGUUUACCUCGCCGCGGCUCGACGUCUUCAUAGCCAACGCGGGCGUCAUGGCGACGCCGCCCGGGCUGACGCAGGACGGAUACGAAUACCAGUUUGGCGUCAACCACGUGGGCAAUAUGGCGCUGCUACUGCGGUUGCUGCCUGUCAUGCGGGCGACGGCGGCGGCGCAGGCGAGCUCGAGCGGCGACAGUAGCAGCAGCGCCGACGUGCGCUUCGUGGCGCUCACAUCGCUGGGGUACCGCGCGCACCCGCCGGCGGGCGUGGAGCUGGCGAGCGUGCGUACGACGCAGGAAGGCUUCUCCAUGGGCACGUGGGCACGUUACGGGCAGUCCAAGCUAGCGAAUAUUCUGACGGCGCGGGAGCUGGCGCGUCGCUGCCCCGAAAUUACGUGCGUUUGCGUACACCCGGGCGUCGUCAAGACGGGGCUCGUCACGGAGCUGGGGUACUGGGAGAAGAUGCUCGUAUACGUGACGAACCCGGACGGGCUGAUGACGCCGAGACAGGGCUGCUACAACACCGUCUGGGCGGCGACGGGAAGGGGCGUCAGGGAGGCGGUGGCCGAGGGUAAGGUGGCGUUUUUCGAGCCGGUGAGGACGCCGAAUGAAGGUGACGCCAAGUGUUGGGAUGAUGAGCUGGCCAAGGAGUUGUGGGAAUGGACGGAACGUGAAGUCGGCGUCAGGGCGUAG